AUGUCCGGCUUCAUCACCGCAGACUACACCUCCAAUCCCGUCGACAUCCCCGACACCUUCCUCACUACUCCCCCCUCCCAGCCAGUCACCUUCAGGCCCGUCCCCUGGGAGGACUCCCCCGUGCCCGAGUACGCCAAGUGCAAGGCCUGGAUCCUCGACAACGUCCUGUCCCCUGAGGAGUGCAGCCAGCUGAUUGCCUAUGCCGAGGCGUCGGCGCGGCCCGAAAAGCCCGGCGAUUCGCCCUGGAAGCCGGCUCUCGUCAGCGUCGCGCCUGGCGUCGAGGCUCGGGUCCCGGGCUACCGCAACAGCGACCGCAUCAUCUGGGAUAACCAGCUUCUCGUGGACCGCCUGUGGGACCGCUGUGCUCAGGCGGAGGGGCUCUCGGAGCUCGUUGCCACGGCCCCCUGCCCAAGGCCCGAUCACAUCCGCACCCAAGGAACAUGGAGGUUUGCCCGCCUGAAUGAGCGGAUGCGCUUCCUCAAGUACACCCCUGGCAUGUUCUUCAGACCACACUGCGACGCACCCUAUCGAUCUGGCAACACCGAGGGACCCAUCCUGGAGACGUAUUAUACCCUACAUCUCUACCUCAACGAUGAAGGCCUGGUCGGGGGUGCGACGUCCUUUCUCUCGCGCGACAGGUCGAAGCGCCUGGAUGUUAAUCCCAAGACCGGCAGCGUCCUCAUCUUCCAACACCCCCUGCUGCUACACGAGGGAGCGGAUGUACUUGAAGGUACCAAGUAUACCGUGAGGACGGAGAUUAUGUACCGUUGGGAAGACGAGGCCUAA